AUGGCGACCUCGCCCGCGCAAACUACCUCAGACACGGCCAUAGGCACGGUCGCAACAGCCGAUCAAGUUGGCACCCCUCAGUCAGAACACGAUCAUCUUGGCACGCGCGAGUCUGAGAACCAAACCACUUUGUCACCACAAGUCUCUGAGAGUGGCCGCUUGGAUUACAUCAAGGAGCCUGCUGUUACAGAAACCACGGAAUCCUCCGGCUCCUCUGCCAAUUCCACUGCCAAGGUCGACGCAUCGUCGUCUUCCCCCGCCGCUCUGCCACACCCCGAACCUGAGUCGGACAGCAAAGAGGCUAGCAAAGACCCUGCUGCGGAGGAUGAUGCCACAUCGUCACAAAAUCCAGCCGACUCGCAACCGCAACUACCCAACGAGCCCCUCCCAGAAGCUGAAGACGAUGGCUGGACCUAUCAAUGGGAUCCAACAUACCAAGCAUACUACUUCCUCAAUCGCUUUACUGGUCAAACCACCUGGGAAAAUCCGCGUCAGACCGUAGCAGCAGCCUCUUCCUCGACCGCUGAUCCGACGCCAGCCCCUCCGCCCCUCCCUACCGUUGCUGGGGGUUACAACCCGGCCAUACACGGAGACUAUGACGACUGGGUUGCAGAACAAAAAAAGGCAGGCCAACUGCCCGAGGAUGAAGAUGCUGCCGAGAAUGCGCAUCCGGCUGAUCCAGCAGCGGCAGCCGUGUAUGCUUCAGGCGCUCAAUUCAACCGCUUGACCGGACAGUACCAACGACCGGGCGUUGGUCCUGAGAACCACAGCGAUGAUGCCAAGUCGCGGCGACAGAUGAAUGCCUUCUUUGACGUUGAUGCGGCGGCAAACUCACACGAUGGCCGUAGCCUGAAGGCUGAAAGAGCUGGGAAGCGUCUGACUAAGGGCGAGCUGAAGCACUUCAAGGAGAAAAGGAAAGCUAGGAAAGAGGAGAAGCGGAGGGCUUGGUUGCGUGAUUGA